AAAAUAAUAAUAAUACUAAUAGUAAUCAAUAAGGCUACCUUAUAAUAAACACAAACCCUUCUAUGACCGAAACCACUAUUGCACUCGUAGUUCUUCAGCAUGGACUCUGGGGAAAUUCUGCACAUAUGAAAUACAUUCAUAACAAACUCGACGAAGCUUACGGAGAUUCUAUUUCAAUCCUCAAUGUAGAAGUUAAUGAAGCCAAGUACACCUAUGAUGGUGUCGAUAUUUGUGGAGAAAGACUCAUCAAAAAUAUUUAUAGUCACAUCGAGAAAUUAGCAGAGAAAAACAAAAAGGUCGACAGGAUUACUCUCGUGGGAUAUUCUCUUGGUGGCUUAAUUAUCAGAUAUGCAGCUGGAAUUCUUGCCAAAAAAGGAUUCUUUAAUCAUGUUAAAGCACAAUGGCUUAUAACGUUUGCUACUCCUCAUAUGGGUGUACGUCGUCCGACCACUUCAGUCGUAGGAAGAACCUUCAAUUUCUUGUGUGGAAAUAUGGUAUCUCGUUCUGGCGAACAACUUCAAUUGUCGGAUGAUUACGAAGACGGGCGACCUCUAUUAGACAUAUUAGCAGAUCCAGACCGAGAAUUCUACAAGGCCUUGGAAUUGUUUAAAGUGAAGCGAGUAUACGCCAAUGUUGCAAAUGAUCGUACUGUACCUUACUGGACAGCAGGCCUCGAAACAAUUGGAUAUUACGAGACCCCAAAAUCACUUCAAGUGUAA